CGCAAUUCUAUCUUCAUUUCCACUCCGAAAUUGGGAUUUUAUGAAGACGAAGCGAGAAACUGGUUGUUUUGACAGGGCGUCACCAGCACUCAAGGAAAUCUUGCUCAAGUUCUAUUAUAGCCAUGAAAAACAAUCCGUUACAGAUUACCAAUUAAUUGAAUUUGGAUCAGUGCAGUACCAUGUUCAGGUUUAUUCUCAAGAUUCUCAUUACAUCUACUUAUCAGUAUCAAGCCCAUUGUUAACCCAAGGAACAUUUUUAUCACACGGACUUUCAAAAUGUAUUUCACAAAGAAGCUAUUCUAAUGUCAUGCAAGUUGCAGAAACCCCUAAAGCAGGAUAUCCAUUGACUAUCCGGAUCGACUUGUCUAAAUUCAUAGAAAUGUUAUGCGUCACAAGUUUUAAAAACACCUCUCAAGGAAUGUACAACAAGCCCAUCAAAGUAGUGCUUGAUGCCAAAGACCAUUUUUUUGUAAUCACACAGCCAGAGAAGACCGCCGUGGUGUUUCCGAUGCGAUUUGGAGAUGACUCGGAUGUGAUUAUUGCAACAACUUUAUUUCAGGAACUUGUGGUUUUGGGUAGUUCGAAAUCUUGUGCUAAAGCACCUUCUUGUACUUGGUCACCAAUUCCUCCUGCGGAAUUACGAGGAGAGUAUUUUGAAGAUUUAACCACCAAUGGAGGGUUCAUGUCUUUUGAUGUUCUUUCACGGCACAUUAAACGUUCAAGAAUUGACAAGACCGUCUGGAAUUUGUCAAAUUUUCAAGCUUAUGUGAGGCAUUACGUGAAGUGCACUAGAGGUUUUGUACAAAGGAGCAUGCGAAAGCGCGUGGAACGUCUAUCGGAGAUGCUAUUGAAUCCAGCGUCAGCAAAACAACAUGAAUCUAGCUCCAUGAAGAACCAAGGGCAUAGACGCAUGAAGAUAUUCGGAAGACUCUCAAAAGCUAAACUUCUUAGGAAAAAAUGUAGUGGUUUUUUAAAGAAAAUCAUGCAAUUACGUUCCAAAAUCAAAAUUCAUGGACUUGACCAAAUUCGCAGGCGAUGGUUAAAAUUCUCGGAAUGUUACUCCUCAAGGAGUUAUACUAGAUUAGAUUAGUAAGUGCACGUUUUGUAAUUACUGUACGAGAAAAGAAGCAGUGAAUAACAAAAGUCUGACGAUUUUAUUCUUGUGGUGAACCAUGACAAA